CAUCCAACCCAGAGAAGAAAUGGCCGUACGAGAUGUGGCACGGGCACCCUCCCCCGCCGGGGGCGACGUACCCGUUCCUCAAACCUACCGUAUACAAGAUCAAACGCACGCACAAGUCCGAGCCGAAAGCCCCCAAAAAGUGUUUUUACCUCGGCCCUGGAAUCAGCAUCAACCGUGAUUGCGUGCGCAUCUUGAACGAAAAACGACAAGCGAUCACAACUAGCAACUUCACCUGGCAAUCCGUACCCGCUGCCCCCACCGCCCUGCCCCAGUCGCUGCCUACCGUCGCAGAGGAGGAAGAGGAAUUGGCGACUGGGAAGGACGAGGUUAGGGAGGGCGCGUCGAGCCAAGGUAGAGGGAGGGCGGAGGGAGAACCUGUGGAUGGAGGACCAGGUUUCAACCUUGAAACGACGGCAGCACCGGGGCCCGCGGGGCCGCCCGCGCGCGUAGCGCCGGCGGCGGCGCCGGCCGCGCCCCAGGUAUCGGGCGCGGGCGACGCUGGCGAUGGCGCCCCCUCGAGCAGGGACGGCGCGAGCAUCGCCCCAUCGAUCACGUCGGCCGGCAUGGCCGAUGUGGUCGGCGGCGAGGACGAUCGCCGCCGCAGCAGCCGCGGUAGCGGCGGCGGCGGCAGCGACAGCGGCAGCAACAGCGGCAGCAACAGCGAGACGGAUCUCCCGGCGCUCCGCGGGCCAGAGGCCCGGCGGCUCGCCCGCUUCGACAAAGCGGCGGAACUCACCAGCCGGCGCACCAGGGAGAACCCUCGCCGAAACCUGAGGUACGAGUCGCCCCCGUCGCCGACGAGUACCGACGCCCUGCUCGCCUUGGUGGCGAGCCUGCCCGUCAGCAGCACGAAGGAGUGCACCCGCUGGAUGCUCUCCACGGUACUUCACGUGACGGAAGGGGAGAACCCUCGCCGAAACCUGAGGUACGAGUCGCCCCCGUCGCCGACGAGUACCGACGCCCUGCUCGCCUUGGUGGCGAGCCUGCCCGUCAGCAGCACGAAGGAGUGCACCCGCUGGAUGCUCUCCACGGUACUUCACGUGACGGAAGGGUUAGCGGCAAGGGCGGUGCGAGAGUUGCUGUUCGAGCGCGCGGAGGAGGCCCACGCCGCACCGGUCUCCCCGGUGGUCUAG